AUGGCAGACUUCAGUAGCAUGAGCAUUGAGUCCUUUGCCGAAUUGUCGCGACUUAUCGUCGAGGUAUCCAAGACUUACUUCACCUACCUCCCUAUUGAACCACCACCGGAUAUCCUUGCCAAGAUCCCAUCUGAUAUCCCUCAAUUUUUGGACAAUACCCCAGCAUCCCGAGAGCUCCGUGCUGCCUAUGUCCAGCACGUCAUUUCCAAGACCCUGACAUAUAGGAUCUUCCAGCCUUUCCUGUUCACCCUGGGAAGACGAUAUGAUAAGGCAGACACCUUUUUCCAGAUGCUUUCUAUUGACAUCCGCCGCAAAUCCGUUCGACGUGAAGCUUUCUGGAGACAGCAGACACUUAAGGCAGCAUACACCACGUCUGAUGCCAAACAGGCCAUCAAUGUCGUCGCAGCUGUUAUCGUUGAUGAGAUUGUCGACCAUAUCCGCCACUUCACCGACCCAACGCAUCUCGACGCCUUGUUGACAAAUGUCCGAAAGAUUGUCAAACUCGCAGCAGAGACAUGGAGAUUGGCUCGCGUGGAACGAGAAUUGAUCACAGCCACUAUGCCGUCAGCUGAGGACGAGCAGACUGCAAAUGAAGAAUGGGAAGAGUUCGACUAUGAGUCCAAUGCACCAUUGCCAGGAGGUGAAGGCGCAGCUGAGCCGCCGCUGAUGCCAAAGAAAUUCCGCCGUCCCCUUCUCCGAAUGCUUCCUCGUAUCUUCCGAGGAGCUGUGCAUGAAGAUUUCCUGACUGAAGACGACCAUGAGAAGGCAUCUCCCUGCACAUACCUCCGAGGAGUCAUCUUAUAUAGUGACUCGCCUUCUGUCCUGGCCAGACGGGCUGAGAUGUUCAAGAAAAAGCCAGAGGCGGUAGGAGUGAUUGACGAUGCAGAAGAUGCACGACUACGAGCCGCAUCUGCCACUCCGCCCAACGCUAGCGGGAGGAGCCCUUCCCCGAAAAGCCCGCUUGGGAACCGAUCGCCCAGAUCAAGAAGAUCAAGGGAGAGGGCUUUUGGCCAUGAUGACUAG